UUGAACGACGAUGGCUGCGGCUCUCCAGACGGCUGCCUCCUGGCGGGGUUGGAUGAUGUGAUCGUGGAUUCACAGCACUUUUUCAUUUUUUUCUUCCGACAGCCUUUUAAAAAAAAAAAAAUCAAAAAAUAAUCCUGUUGCUUAAAGGAUGGAAGCACUUUUUGGCCAUUCCACAUAAGGGCGUCUGCGUGAUGUAAGAGCCAUGAAGCCUCAUCUGAGGGGAAUUAUGCGCUCUCUUCCUCGCCUUCUACACCAUGUUUGCUUUUUCCUCGCCAUCCUUCCGCUCCGUGGCCAGUCGUCGCCCGGGGCGAGGGCCGGACAGGGCCUGCUGCUCUUCACCUCGCCCGCCUACAACGCCUCCAUCUUUGAGAACUCUGCGGCGAGAACCUACGCCAGGAGCGAGACCAAGAUGGGGAUCGCUCUGGGGCCGCCGCCCCGGUCUUUCGACGUCCGGUUUUCCAUUGAAGCUGGGGACGGCGAGGGCAUCUUCCAGGCGGAGGAGUUCGCGAUGGGAGAUUUCUGUUUCCUCCGCAUUCGCACGAACAGCGGCGCCACGUUGAACCGGGAGGUGCAAGACAACUACACGCUGACGGUCAAGGCAUCCGCCCAGAGAGGCAUGGAGGCGUUAAGUACCGUUUAUAUAAAAGUCCUGGACACUAAUGACCUGCGACCACUCUUCUCCCCGACCUCCUAUUCCUUUGUGGUGUCCGAGAGCGCCCCGCUGGGUGCCAGCAUCGGCCGCGUGACAGCCACGGAUGCCGACGUGGGCUCCAACGGGGAGUUUUACUACUUCUUCAAGAAUAAAGUGGCACUCUUUGCCGUGCACCCGACCAGCGGCGUCGUCACACUGACAGGCCAGCCCAGGAUUGAUAAGCAAGAGCGCUUUGAGCUAGAGGUGCUGGUGGUGGACAGGGGCAUGAAGCUCUACGGCAACAACGGUAUCAGCAGCACCGCCAGACUUGUCGUAACCGUCGUGCAGCUCAAUGAGUUCGCACCUGUUCUCAGGGCGCUUGUCGUCGUUCCGCCCUGGUCUGAUAAGAACCCGGUUGUUGCCAAAGUGACGGUGGAAGAUAAAGAUGAGGGGGUCGGCGGGUACAUAGACUGGGUGUCCAUUAUUGAUGGCGAUACGCUUGAGCAGUUUGUGAUUGAACGAUCGCCUCUGGGGAAUGAGUACUGGGUUAGAACACCAGAACAAGUGGACUGGGACAAAUACCCGUAUGGUUGCAACCUAACCUUUCAGGCUAAAGACAGAGGCGCCCCUCCAAAGUUUUCCAACACUCAAGUGGUUCAGUUGCUGGUUGCAAAGCCAGAACCCGUAUUAAAGAGUUUUGGGAAAGACGUUUAUGAAGUGGUGCUGAGUGAAAUUGCCCCCCUGGGGACUUUUGUAGAGGUGGUGAAAAUCUCCCCUCCUCCCGCGAGCGUCAAUUACAGCUUUAGCAGCCUCUCAGAACUAAUGUACUUUGAUAUAAAUCCGUUAACUGGCGUUAUUAUGACCUCCAGGCAUCUGACAAGGAUAUCACAGAUUUUCAUGGAGAUGGAAGUGCUCGACGCUGUCAGCCAGCUGAGAGCAAAGGUCCGAAUCACAGUCGAGGAUGCUAAUGAUAACUCUCCAGUGUUCAGCCGGCCGUUUUAUGACAUAUCCAUCAAUGAAAGCUUAGCUGUCGGCACUGUUGUUCUGGUUGUGUCCGCUGUGGAUGAUGACAAAGGAGAGAAUGGCUACAUCACUCACACAAUCAGCGGCCCGCGGUGGCUACCUUUCACCAUAAACCAGAGCACGGGGGAGGUGAAGAUCACACGAGACCUGGACUUUGAGUCGACAGGGGACAUUUAUAAGUUUGCGGUACGGGCUUCAGACUGGGGUUCGCCCUACAGAAGAGAGAGUGAGGUCAACAUAACGGUUCGUUUAAUGAAUAUAAACGACAACCCGCCUGUCUUUGAAAGCGUUUCAUGCAGAGGAAUGAUAGGUCGAGAGUUCCCCGUCAGCCAGACCAUUGUCACGCUGUCGGCCGUGGACAUGGACGAGCUGGGUAUGGUGAAGUACAAAUUGGUCUCAGGAAACGAGUUGGGCUACUUCAACUUGAACGCAGAGUCUGGCGCUUUGUCACUGAAGCGGUCGUUAUCAGCGGCCAAUUUAAAAAGCGGGAUGUUCAACUUGAAAAUAGUCGCCACAGACGGAGAGUUGUUCUCCGAUCCGAUGUUUGCGAACGUAUCCGUAGGGAGGGGCUCGGUGCCACCAAGGGGACUUAACUGUAAGGACACCCAGGUGGCCCAGAUAAUGGCGGAGAAAAUGCUGUCGAAGGCUUCGGCUAUGGCGCAAGCAACACAGGACGAGAGAAGUCCAGACAUAUUCUCUACGAACAAACAGGCUCCGCAGUUUGAGGCCUUGCCGACAAGUAUUCUGGUUAGGGAGGACCUCGCGCCCGGAGCUAGUGUUUUCCAGGUGAGGGCGCGGGACGACGACGUAGGCUACAACGGCCGCAUUCUCUUUUCCAUAUCGAACAGAGACAAAGAAAACUGUCUGACUAUCAACAUGGACGACGGCUUGCUGACUGUCCUACAGCCGCUGGACCGCGAGCGAACCGACCGCUACUUCCUCAACAUCACAAUCUAUGACCUGGGCAUCCCCCAGAUGUCGAACUGGAGGCUCCUGACCGUUAUCGUGGAGGACGCCAACGACAACGACCCAGAGUUUACCCAGGACGCCUUCUCGGCCCUCGUCGCUGAAAACGCUCCCGUGGGUUCAGAGGUCAUCGCCGUCACUGCAUUUGACAGAGACACAGGUCAAAAUGCGCGGCUAUCCUACAUUUUGCUGACCAGCGUGCCUCAGUUUGGCAUCGACAGCGAGACGGGGAGCGUUUUUGUCGCCAGCAGCUUGGACAGGGAGAGCUUCCCGACGUUCACGUUGAAGAUUGAGGCCAGAGACAAGGCCGAAAGAGGCAACCGGAGGUCGUCCGUGACUACUUUGAACAUAAUAGUGGAGGACGUCAACGAUUGUGCGCCGUCCUUCAUCCCGAGCACUUACAGCGCUCGAGUCCCGGAAGACCUUCCGCCGGGUGCUGUCGUUACGUGGGUGCAGGCCAAGGACCCAGACGUCGGCCCUGGAGGACUCGUCAAAUACUCCUUGUCCAAUGAUUUCAACGGCACUUUUGAGAUAGACGCUCUGAGUGGAGUGUUGAGGGUCAGGAAGGAGCUGGACUUUGAGAAGCAACAGUUUUAUAACCUCACCUUGCUGGCCGAGGACAGGGGAAAGCCCACACGCAGCAGUCAGACGUAUGUGGAGGUGGAGCUGGUGGACGUCAACGAGAAUUUGUAUGCGCCGUACUUCCCCGACUUUGCCGUGAGAGGCUCGGUGAAGGAGAACUCUCGAGCGGGCACCAGCGUCCUGGCGCUGGACGCCGAGGAUGACGACAGAGGGAGGGACGGCGCCUUGAAGUACUCCAUCAGAGGCGGCAGCGGCCUGGGCGCCUUCACCAUCGACGAGGACACAGGAGUGAUUUACACGUCAGGCGUCCUGGACUGCGAGAGCAAGGACUCCUAUUGGCUGAGGGUCUACGCCACAGACCGAGGGGUCUGGCCCCUGUCAGCUUCUGUGGAGGUCUUCAUUCAGGUGGAGGACUUGAACGACAACGCGCCCCUCACCUCGGACCCCAUCUACCACCCGGUCGUCAUGGAGAACUCGCCCAAGGACGUGUCCGUCAUCCGGAUCCAGGCGCAGGACCCCGACCUGACCGCCACGCCCAGUCGUCUGAGCUACCGCAUCACCGCCGGCAACCCGCAGAACUUCUUCUACAUCAACCCCAAGACAGGUCUGAUCACAACAACGGCGAGGAAGCUGGACAGAGAGCAGCAGGCGGAACACUUCCUGGAGGUGACGGUCCUAGACGGGCCGGUGACCACCCGCCAGUCCACCGUGUGGGUCAUGGUGCACGUGGACGACGAGAACGACAACCCGCCCGUCUUCCCCGAGGUCAUGUACCGCGUCAGCUUGCCCGAGCGGGACCGCAGCAGGCGCGGCGAGGCCGUCUACCGCGUCUUCGCGCACGACCGUGACCUGGGCGCCAACGCCAACGUCAGCUACAGCAUCCUGGACGGCAACGGCGACGAGACGUUCGGCAUCGACCCGCGCACCGCCACGGUGUCGUCCAAGAAGGCGGUGGCGGCGGGCAGCAACUACGUCCUCACCAUCAAAGCGGAGGACGGCGGCGACCCCCCGCUGUGGACCACCGUCCAACUCCACGUGGAGUGGAUCGGCAGGCCCGCGCCCUCGCCGCUGCCCCUGCUGUUCACGCAGCGGUGCUACAACUUCACCGUGGCGGAGACGGCCGCCGUGGCCCAGCCCGUGGGGGCGGUGGCCGUGGGUCAGUCCGACACUCCCGUUUGGUUCAACAUCGUCGGCGGGCGAGUGGCGAGAGAAAUGUUCUACAUUCCGCAGAACUCGUGCGGGAGAAACUGCUCGCUGGACACAGGAAGCUUCGACAUGCAGUUUGACCUCCAAGUGGGCGUGGGCACGGUGGUGGUGGCCAGGCCGCUGGACGCCGAGGCGCAGGCCGUGUACAACAUGACCGUGCAGGUGACCGACGGCACCAACGUGGCCACGACGCAGGUGUUCAUCCGGGUCCAAGACAGCAACGACAACCCUCCGGUCUUCUCUCAGCCGGCCUACGACAUUAGCGUCUCUGAGGAUGUCCCUGUGGACACGGAGCUGCUGCGUGUUCGAGCGUCGGACAUGGACGAGCGCAGUCGGCUCAGUUACUCCAUUUACAGCAGCGUGGACCCGGCCAGCAUGAGGCUGUUCAGAGUCAACCCGGGCACGGGCGUCGUGUACACGGCGGACCGGUUGGACUACGAGGCUCGAACGCAGCACAUCCUCACCGUCAUGGUCAAGGACCAGGAGUUCCCAUUCAACCGAGACCUGGCUCGGAUCCUGGUGGCCGUGGAAGACGCCAACGACAACAUUCCCUACUUUACCAGCACCAUCUAUGACGCCGUGGUCUACGAGUCUUCUGUUGUCGGCUCGUCGGUGAUGCAAGUCACAGCUCUGGACAAAGACAACGGGAUGAACGGACAACUCACCUACACCAUACAAGCAGGUAACUCUUGGGGUGUGUUUGCCAUAAAUAACAGCACAGGCCUAAUCUUCAUCGACAAGGAGCUGGAUAUCACCUCGGUGGGCUUUUACACGCUCACCGUGCGAGUCACCGACAGCGGAUUUCCUCCACUAAUGGCCUUGUGCUCUGUCCGUGUCUCCUUGAUGCUCUCCGACUUGUCCAAGCCCAAAUUCUCUCAAGAGGAGUAUCACGCCGAGAUCAUGGAGAACUGCACCGCCGGGGCUUACGUGACCGCUGUUCGCGCCGUGAGCCACUCGUCGCUCAUUUAUGACAUCACCAAGGGCAACGAGGAAAACUGCUUCUUUAUUAAUCACCACACCGGCAUCAUCAGCACACGCAAACUCUUUGAUUUUGAGAAAACGCCAUCCUACUUACUGAUGGUCCGUGCUUUAAGCAUGGCAGGCGUGGAGGCCAGCGCCACAGUCGUCGUGCAGGUGGGGGACAUCAACGAUAAUGCACCUGUCUUCCAACAAUUAAGGUACGUGGGGGUGAUCAGUGAGGCGGCCCCACUCAACAGCGUGGUUCUGGCGGACGAUGGCAACCCUCUGGUGAUCCAGGCGAUCGACGAAGACCGCAAUCACAACGCCCUGCUGGUGUUCCAGAUUAUAGACGAGACCGCUCGCAUGUUCUUCAGCGUGGACCCUGGGACUGGUUCAAUCCGGACGAUUGCCAGUGUGGAUUAUGAGACCUUCCCUGAGUUUGUUUUCAGGGUUCAUGUCAGAGACAGCGGACAGCCUUCAAAAAGUGCUGACAGCCCUGCUGAAGUCGUCAUAAAGGUCAUCAAUAUCAACGACUCACCCCCAAAGUUCUCUCAGGACAUGUAUGAGACCAUCCUUCUGCUGCCUACCUACGUGGGAGUCGAGGUCCUGCGGGUUGACGCAUAUGACCCAGACAUGAUUUUGGACUCUGACAAGUCCCCCACUCCUCAGCUGGUUUACUCCUUGGUGGACCGAAACCUGGAGCACUUCACAGUGGACCGCAGCAGCGGGGUUGUAACGGUCAUCAAUCAGAACCUCAGCAGGGACCGCUAUCGAUUCAACUUGAAGGUUUGGGAUGGGCGUUUCUCCAGUGUGACGUUGGUCACGGUGCUUGUCCGCCAAGCCGUCAACAGCGGCCUUUCCUUCACCUCCCCGCUCUACUCCGCCUCCGUUCGAGAGAACACUCGGAACAUGACCACACUCGCCGUGGUGAAUGCCGUUGGCCACCGCCUUAAUGAACCACUCAGGUUCUCGCUGCUUAACCCUGGCGGUCUUUUCACCAUCCGGCCGACGUGUGGUGCGCUGCUAACCGCCGGAGUCCCCUUUGACCGCGAGGAGCGGGACAGUUAUGAGCUGGUCGUGGAGGUCCGUAAAGAGGACGAGGUACUGAAGGUGGCAAGGGUCACCGUCAGAGUGCAGAUUGAAGACGACAACGACAACGCCCCAGAGUUUGUGAACCUCCCUUACUACGCCACAGUACAGGUGGAAGCAGAACCCGGGUUGUCUAUUUUCAGGGUGUCGUCCACUGACCGAGACUUGGGCGUAAACGGGCAGGUGACCUACAGCCUCAAAGAGCCACACAGAAACUUCCAGGUGAAUCCUGUGACAGGUGAGCUGAUGUUAAAGAGGGUGUUUGAAGCGGACUUGUCAAAUGCAGAGUACAAGGUGGCCAUCGUGGCUGCGGACGGUGGCGCCCCCUCCCUGUCCAGCGAGGUGGAGCUUCCGAUCACGGUGCUCAAUAAAGCCAUGCCAGUGUUCGACAAGCCCUUCUACGGCGUCACGGUCCCGGAGGACGUGGCCGUGUCCACCUCGCUCCUGAGCGUCAACGCCACCAGCCCUGCCGGCCAAGGCAUCAUCUUCACCAUCGCAGGCGGCGACUCUUCGCUCCAGUUCGACAUCGGCUUCGACACGGGCGUCAUCAGCGUGCUCUACCCGCUGGACCACGAGACCACGCAGUACUACCGCCUCACCGCCAGGGCCACCGACGCACUGACGGGGGCCAAGUCCGAGGUGGACGUGGACGUCGUCGUGCUCGACGUCAACGACAACCCGCCGUUGUUCCAGAAGCCCUCGUACUCGGCCGUGCUGGCCGAGAACGCCAUGAUUGGAACCAGCGUCUUGCAGGUGUCCGCUCAGGACCAGGACUCCGACAGGAACUCGGCAGUGAGCUACCAGAUCGUACCGGACCUCAACAACAGCACGGACUACUUCCACAUCGAACGCGACGGCGGCCUGGUCUUCACGGCGCGCCUGGUGGACUACGAGCUGGUGCAGCGCUUCAACUUCAUCGUCAGGGCGACGGACAGCGGCGACCCCGCCCUCAGCAGCGACGUCAGCGUCGCGGUGGCCGUCGCCGACACCAACGACAACCCGCCCAACUUCAGCCAGUCGCUGUACGAGGCUUUCGUCAGCGAGCUGGCCCCCCGGGGACACUUUGUGACGUGCGUCCAGGCGUCGGACGCCGACAUGGGCGACGCCCACAAGCUGAGGUACAGCAUCCUGUCCGGGAACGAGAGGAUGGCGUUCGUCAUGGAGGCGGAGUCCGGCGUGCUGCGUUUGUCUAACAAGAGACGACAAGGCAUGAAGCUCUUCCAUCAGCUCAACGUCUCCGUGUCAGACGGCGUCUUCACCAACACGGCGCAGGUGAUGGCGGGGGAGUUGUCUUUAUUAGCGGACAUGCAGCUCGUAGUCCGAGGUUAACGCGUGUCCACGUCACGUCGGAUUUACUGGCAGCAGCGGCUGCCAAGUGGAACGUUCCGUCUCGGAGCGGCGCUCUGCAGAGUCGGCUCUUUUUUUAAUUGCCAACGUGGAAGGUGGACA